AUGCUUCCUAACUUGCUGAGCUGGCUCGGGACUCUGGGGCUCCUGCUGUGGGCGCUGCUCUGCCUGAGCGCCCUGACCGAGGGAUACCCGAUGAAACCGGAGAACCCCGGGGAGGACGCCCCGGCGGAGGAUCUGGCCAAAUACUACUCAGCCCUGAGACACUACAUCAACCUCAUCACGAGACAGAGGUAUGGGAAGAGGUCCAGUCCUGAGAUUCUGGACACGCUGGUCUCAGAGCUGCUGCUGAAGGAAAGCACAGACACGCUUCCAAGGAAGCUGAUCCCUUGA